AUGCCUUCUCCCACGCCGCAAUCGCGCUCCCUGCCCCUGACCAGCGCGCCGAGCAAUCACGUCGAAUCGGGACGACAAAGCCAACACGGAGAAAGAGAAGGAGAAGACGCAGACGCAGACGCAAACGCUGAAGAGAUAGCGGAAGCGACACGGCCCUCUGAUGCUGCGGAUACGGAAUGGUGGCGGCGACGACUGGGCAGCGAUGGCGGCUCAUCAGCGCACAUCCGCAUGGAAUCGCCCGUACGGCCUCCAAUGCCGCAGCGCAAGUCGAUAAGAGGCGUCAGUGCGAAGAACAUCAACGAGGCAUUGCGGCUGGCGCGAUCGCGUGAGGAGCAGGAGACUCUACUAGGGGAACACGAGGAAGCGGACGACGAUGGCUGCUAUCCUCCGCGCAAAAAUUCUGAUCCCACCGUGCCGAAUCCCCAUCAGGGUCUGCCGGUGUACACGACGAUUCAUAAGAUCCGGAGGUUGGUGAUUGCGAGCAUCGGUAGGUCUUACUACGACUACUCUCAUAUCUCUCGGCUUGUGCGUCGCAGCAUUAGGCUGAUACAACAUGUUGGUGUACGCUAGACGAUCCAUACAGCACCGACCAACUGAAGAGCCCGCGCAUGAACGUGGCCGUGGUCAGACCUUUGGUAGACUACCUCUACGACCCGGACGACGUGUCUAUCGUCUUCUGCUUGCUGGUUAAUCGCGUUCAAUUCCUGCGCGAGCAGUCGUACCAGGCACAUCACCAGACUGUCAACCUCACCCGCGCGACACUCUGCGAGCUCGUCGCGAGCAGGAUCCUCCGAAGAUUCGACGAAGACCACGAGGGCCGCAUGGGGCUCUUGAUGCUUGCGAAUGUCCUCGUAGCAGGCUUCGAGCCCUUCCAAAACGCACCAAUCGAUAUCGCGAGAGAAAACAGAACGGAACUUCACUGGACUAUUCGGUGGAAAUUGGCGAGACCCGAAUAUCAGCGCAUGCUCACCGCCCUCGAAGUCGCCAUUGUAUCCGAAGCAAAAGCCUUUCUCUCCACCUCCGCGUGCCAGAAAAUCGUCGAAAACGUCUAUCGUGGCCGUAUCAUCUACACCCCAACCUCGUUCAUCGACAUUCUACCCGACCACUAUAAGAAUCGUGGCAUCACGCUCUACGAUCCCCGCAAAGCCCCGAUCCUCAACCAAUACCGCCUCAUCGUACCGAGGACGAGAAAUGUAAUCGAGGCAGUACAGUUUACGAUUUUGCUGGCUCUCUAUAUCGCAACGAUGGUUUCCAAGGCUAGGACCACUGGACCUUCCCAUCUGAAAUUCACCACCAUGGAGCUUAUCUUCGACGUCUACGCCAUUGGGUGGAAUCUGGAUGAGGUGGCGAGUAUCUUCGAACAUGGAUGGACGGUGCACACGGAGAAUCUGUGGUCUUUCCUGGAUCUCACCUUCGUGCUCAUUUUUUGGGCCUAUUUCGGGGUGCGAAUGCAGGCUCUCGCUCUGGAUGAUCAUGAACGCGCUGCUCUGGCAGAACAGAUCCUGAGUAUGGGUGCACCGGUCCUACUCCCACGAUUGGCAUUCUGUCUCAUGAGCGAGAACAUGCUUUUCAUUUCGCUUCGAGCCAUGAUGGCCGAUUUCACUUUUCUGACAGUCCUGGCCUGUUGGUGUUUCGGCGGCUUCAUCCUCGCCUUGGCCUGGCUAUCUGAAGGACAGGAAGGUUUCCUCAAACAUACCGUCAUCACGAUUUCGAAAUGGAUGCUCUGGAUCUGGUUCGGACUGGACGGCACGGGAAUCCAAAGAUCGGUCGAAAUGCACUGGCUCCUAGGACCCAUCCUGAUGAUCACGUUUGCCUUCCUGGGCAAUACGCUCUUCCUGACGAUUCUGGUGGCCAUGCUUUCGAAUACGUACAACACUCUCUCCCGCAACGCGACGGCCGAGAUUCAAUUCCGACGAGCGGUCCUGACGUUCGAAGGCGUGAAGUCCGAUGCCAUUUUCGCCUAUCGACCGCCAUUUAAUGUUCUCGCGCUGGUGUUCUUGCUCCCACUGAAAUUCCUCUUGUCGCCGAGGUGGUUUCACAAAGUCAACAUCACCGCGAUCCGGAUUCUCAACGCCCCAAUCUUACUACUCAUCUCGUGGUACGAAAGAAACUACCUCUGGUCCAAAGCACGACACCUCUCCCCCUCGCGGCGGCGCACGUGGUUGAGCAUGUGGGAACGUUUCGGCGCACACGGGGAUCUCCAGGCCGUCUUUGACACGGACCCGCCGCAGGAGGUGUUGGAUGAAUUGGAAGACCCCGAGGAGGUGGUGAGUGGGUUUGAUGAGAAUGGGGAAUUGUGGCCGAGACGGAGGAGUAUGAGUGAGGUCGCUACGAGUGGGGUCUGGGGAGGGGGUAUGAGCGUUUUUAGUCGCAGUCGCAGUCGUGGCGUUACGAGGAGGAGGACGGGCCGGGCGGGAAGCAUUUUGCCGGAUCCUGAGGGGGAGGCUGGGGAGGAGGUUUGA